CAUUGAUUAAAUUUUCCUAGGGUUUGUAUCUUGAAGGCCCCCGACAUUUUUCUUCUCUCAAAAGCUUCGAUUCUUCCAGACCUCUUUCCUCUCAAAUCCAUUUCCAUUUCCCUCUCAACUCUGCUUCAGCUUGUAUCGCCGUCGUCUUCACUCUUCUCUCUGGAUUUUUCCUUAUCUGGGACCUUUCUCUCACUGGCACUCCGCUCGCCGCGCCGUUUCAUGCUGUAUCGGAUUAUUUCUAUGCUAAAGCUUUUUCUUAAGGAUGAUAAAGCACAGCACCUGGACAAUAUUUCAUGUUCGCAUAACUAGUGAAAAUUUAUUAUGUGUGAUGCUGCUGCUGUAGCCUGGUCAACAAUCUUGUUUCUGAAGAAUCUAAUACCAGGUUGCAAAGUUUCAGUUAGAACCUAUAACAAACAAAAUGGAAUCUUCACUAUCAGAAGCUCAAAGAGGGGUUGCAGUUUCUUCCAAUGAUCCUUCCGUGCAUCAAUAUUUAGUACCUAACAGGCAAAUGGAAUUAAUGGAAUCAAUUUCUGGUGGUUCUCUAACUCAGAGUGGAAUGCUAUCACGCAUGCAAAGAGGACAGGUUGAUCUUAAAGCUGGCAAUUUUGGACGGCAACAACUACAAAUACCUGACAAUCAAUUUGGAGGGACUGGAAACAUGGUGAGAACUUCAGAAGGGGUGCUGUCACUUCCCGUGAAGCGCAAGGCAUCGACUGAGCCUUUUAACUCUCCCUCACAGCAGUCUCCACUGCAUAAUAAGCGACUUGCACCCGUGGAACACCGGCCAUGGUUGCAACAAGCUUCUGGAAUAGCCAAAAGACCUCAUUUACAAAUACCAAACAAUGCCUUGGCUCCUGUAGCGGUGCAUUCCCCUGCAGGCACUAAAAGAAAGGUACAGCAAAUGGAAUCGCAUCCAACUAAAGUUGGACAUCAACGUUCCAAUGCUUCCAAAGGCCAGACUGCCCUGCCGAUUCCAACUUCCAAAAUACAAAAUGAGCCAACUGGAUCUGUGAGAUCAAAGAUGAGGGAAUCCUUGACUGCUGCAUUAGCCUUGGUAUCACAGGAGCAAGAAAAAUCAUCUAAUGAUGAAAAAAGUCCUCCAGCGGAGGCUGAAAAGUCUGCAACUCCAAAGCAGGAAAAUCCUUUGUCAUCUGGUCCAGCUAUUGGUCAUGUAUCUGAUGACUCAAAGAAAAUAUUUUCUGAAAAAUUAGAUUCUGUUGUUCUUGAAGACAAUGUAGGAAAGAUGUUAGAUAAACAUUCGCUGUGUGUAAAUGUUAGUGAUUUAGAGACAUUGAGAUAUGAUGAUGGGCGAGUCUUUCAACCAAAUAAUGUUUUGUCGUAUGAAGACAUUUCUUUUGGGGACAACUUUUUUAUUAAAGAUGAUCUUUUGCAAGAAAAUGGUCUCUCUUGGGUACUGGAGGCUGAUUUAGGUGUAGCUGAUAAAAAGGAAACACAAACUGAUGAACUCCAGAAGAUGGAUGUUGGUGUAGAAAAUCAAAACGAGGGAGCAAAACCAGUUCAGACCCCCGAGUCGUUGGCAUUUAAAAUUGAAGAAGAAUUAUUUAAAUUAUUUAGUGGUGUUAAUAAAAAGUACAAGGAAAAAGGAAGGUCCCUUUUAUUCAACCUGAAAGACAGAAAUAAUCCUGAACUGAGAGAAAGGGUUAUGAGUGGGGAAAUUACCCCCGAAAGAUUAUGCUCGAUGACUGCCGAGGAACUUGCUUCCAAGGAGCUUUCUGAGUGGAGAAUGGCGAAGGCUGAAGAAUUUGCACAGAUGGUAGUUUUACCCGACUCUGAAGUUGAUAUCAGGCGUUUGGUAAAGAAGACACAUAAAGGUGAGUUCCAGGUAGAAGUUGAAGAAUACGAUAAUGCAUCCACAGAUGUCUCAUCUGGGGCUUCUACAUUCUCUCAGAGUCAACGUACUAAGAAUGAGACUGAAAAUGGGUCUCCUAAUGAACCUGAAACAAUUAAAGACGAACAGAAUAUUUCUGGCCAGAAAAAUGGUGCAUCUGACAAGGAUAAUUACACCUUCACAAUUGCAUCGAAUGAAGGUGAUUUGAUGCAAGGACUCAUGGUUGAUGACGGACUGAAGGAUACAGAGUUACUGCCUCCAAUCGUCUCCCUAGAUGAGUUCAUGGAGUCCCUUGAUACAGAGCCGCCUUUUGAUAUUUUAGCGGAAGAUGCUGGCAAAUUGUCGCCUAUUUUGGAGAAGGGUGAGUCAGAGCCUAGCUCUCGGUUGAAGGCUGCAGCUCAUACUACGAAAGGUGCAACUGAUGUCAGGACAGACAAGAACAAUGAGGAAUCUCACACAAAAGCGGAUAUUGACUCAUCUUCUACCGGCCAGGUGGAUUUGAAACCUAGUCCUAGUAAAGCCGACGUUGAUUCUAAUGACAACCAAGCUGGUUUAAGAACAUCUGACAGGAAUGACGCCGCAAAAUCUAGUGAUAAUAAUGCAAAAUCUGGGACAGAAUCUCUUGCUAGCACAUUUAAGUUGGAACAUCUUUGGGAUGGCAUUCUCCAGUACAACAUUUCGACAAUGACCUCAGUCGUGGGUACCUACAUAAGUGGUGAAAGGACUUCAGCGAAAGAUUGGCCUGGCAUUCUUGAAAUCAAAGGGAGAGUCAGAUUGGAUGCGUUUGAGAAGUUCCUUCAAGAGCUUCCAUUAUCUCGGAGUCGUGCCGUUAUGGUUCUUCAUUUGGAUGUGAAGGAGGGACGCCCUGAAAGUGAACGAGCAGAUCUACGAGAGGUGGCCGAGUCGUAUGUCAUGGACGAGCGAGUUGGUAUAGCGGAGCCUGGUUCUGGGGUUGAAUUUUAUUUUUGCCCUCCACAUAGAAGAAUUCUUGAAAUGCUUGGCAGGAUCCUUCUAAAGGAAACUAAUGAGGCACUUAAUGCAAUUGAAAAUGGCUUAAUAGGCGUUGUUGUAUGGAGAAAAACUCAAUUAACGUCCAUGUCACCAAACUCAACGUCACACCACAAACGCAGUUCAAAAAAGCAACAUUUUAGUUCUAGAAGACCACAGGAGACAUCGAACUUGAAACCUAAUAAUAUUUCCCCUAAAGAGACUAUGCCUCAUGGUUAUUUUCCCAUCGUUGCCACUCAUCCUCCACCUGAGGAGGAUGAUGAUGCCGAUGGUGACGAUGACAUCCCUCCCGGAUUUGGUCCAUCAAGUGCUCGGGAUGAUGACGAUCUCCCUGAAUUUAACUUCUCUGGUUCUGCAAACCCUCCUGGGUUUUCAUCGCAGAACAACCACCCUCCUACUCCUCGAGGGCAGUCCUCGAGGCCACCCACGUUCCAACCAGUUUCCCAAACUGGGUCUCGUCCAGUAGAGCAAAUGCGAGAGCUUGUGCACAAAUACGGACAAAACUUAAGUAAAAACAUCUCCACUGCAAAUUGGGGAGAAAGGGGCUUCAGUUCGGUUUCUAUACAGCCUUGGAAUGACGAUGAUGACGAUAUCCCAGAGUGGCAACCACAAGCAGCAACAUCACAGCAUCAAAUGCCUCCUCCCUCGCACUCGCAGCAGCAGCUGCCCGUACGUGGGUUUCAGCAGCCGUCGAUUAGAGCUCACUACAUGGUGAACCAACAGCAACCCAUAGGGCACCCUCCUCCCUUAAAUGUAAGUCAACAAGGGACAUGGUGGGCUCCUCAGCAAGGCCAUAACAUCAACAACAAUUUACAGCCUACUAGCAAUUUUAGUAGUAGUCAUCAUGGUAAUAAUGGUCAGUUUUAUGGGGCAUUUGGGAGAUCAGCUUCUUCAAACCCUUCAAAUAAUAGAGGAUUUUGAAUUUUUCUUUCGUUAUGUGUAAAGUUAAAUUCUUUGUUCCUUAUCUCUUCUCUUUUACAUCUUUUCA